AUAAACAAUCACACUUCCAAUAUUUCUUCCUAUCUCAUCUUCUUUUUUCUCUAUUAAUUAAGCUCGCUAUAGAUUAUUACUAUUAUUUCCCUAUUAUUAUUUCAAGUAUAAUACAUUUGAGAAAAUGAGUUCUUUGCUAAGAACUAGUUUCAUCCCAUCAUCAAAGUUCCACAACUCUCAAAAUGGACAACCAUUUCUUGGUCUCCCAACUUUAUCCACCUCUACUUUUCUCCCAAGCACCAACCAUCAAAAGAUGAAUGGGGUGAUGAUUUCUGCUGCUCUGGAGAGAAACUCAUCAGAGGAUGGAGAUCAUUACAAGAUGACCCUCAUAAAAGAUGGCCAAAAUAAUAAUAAUAAUGGAGCACAUGUCACUAAUAAUAAUAAUAAUUAUAAGCUCCUUGAUUUUUCUGGAGAAAAGCCUUAUACUCCAAUUCUGGACACCAUAAACUACCCUAUUCAUAUGAAAAAUCUUUCCCUUGAGAAACUUGGGAUGUUAGCUGAUGAGCUAAGAGAAGAGAUUGUUUACACAGUGUCCAAAACUGGAGGCCAUUUGAGCUCAAGCUUGGGUGUGGCUGAGCUCACAGUAGCACUUCACCAUGUUUUCAACACUCCCCAAGAUAAGAUCAUUUGGGAUGUUGGCCACCAGGCGUACGGACACAAAAUAUUAACAGGAAGACGAUCAAGAAUGAAUACGAUUAGACAAAGUUUCGGACUUGCAGGGUUCCCAAAGAGGGAUGAGAGUGAGCAUGAUGCAUUUGGAGUUGGCCAUAGCUCCACUAGUAUUUCAGCUGCUCUAGGGAUGGCAGUAGCAAGAGACUUGGUAGGAAAAGACAACCACGUGAUAGCAGUGAUAGGAGAUGGGGCCAUGACCGGUGGACAAGCCUACGAGGCAAUGAACAACGCAGGCUACCUUGGCACCAAUCUCAUCAUCAUCUUAAACGACAACAAACAAGUCUCUCUUCCCACUGCCACCACCCAUGGCCCGGCUCCUCCUGUUGGUGCCCUAAGCAAGGCCCUAGCUAGACUCAACUCCACCACAAACUUUCGCAAGCUACGUGAGGCUGCAAAGGGCAUUUCCAAGCAAAUUGGAGGCCAAGCUCAUGAAAUUGCAGCAAAAGUUGACAAUUGUGUGAGAGGUAUGGUGGCUGGUGAAGGGGCUUCAUUGUUUGAAGAGCUUGGACUCUACUAUAUUGGUCCAGUAGAUGGUCAUGAUGUGGAAGAUCUUGUCAACAUUUUAAAUAAUGUCAAGGCUAUGCCAACAGCAGGGCCUGUUCUCAUUCAUGUUAUCACAGAGAAAGGAAAAGGCUAUGCUCCUGCUGAAGUUGCAGAUGAUAAGAUGCAUGGUGUUGUGAAAUUUGAGCCGAUGUCGGGGAAGCAGCUGAAGACGAAAUCAAGUACUCGUUCUUACACUCAGUAUUUUGCUGAGUCUUUGAUUGCAGAAGCUGAGAGAGAUGACACAGUUGUGGCUAUUCAUGCUGCUAUGGGAGGUGGUACUGGACUCAACUUAUUCCAAAAGCAUUUUCCUGAUAGAUGUUUCGAUGUUGGGAUAGCCGAGCAGCAUGCUGUUACCUUUGCUGCAGGCCUGGCUGCUGAAGGCUUGAAGCCCUUCUGCACUAUUUACUCUUCUUUUCUACAAAGAGGUUAUGAUCAGGUGGUUCAUGAUGUAGACCUUCAAAAACUCCCAGUGAGAUUUGCAAUGGACAGAGGUGGUCUUGUUGGUGCUGAUGGUCCAACUCAUUGUGGUGCCUUUGACAUAACUUUCAUGGCGUGUUUACCAAACAUGGUGGUCAUGGCUCCUUCUUGUGAGGCUGAGCUUAUGCACAUGGUGGCCACUGCUGCAGCCAUAGAUGACCGGCCUAGCUGUUUCAGGUACCCUAGAGGUAAUGGCAUUGGAUCAGUGCUUCCACCAAACAACAAAGGAACUCCAUUAGAGAUUGGCAAAGGAAAGGUGCUGAGAGAAGGAAGCAGGGUAGCCAUUUUAGGCUACGGAACAGCAGUUCAGAGCUGUUUAGCAGCAGCUGAUCUUCUGCAAGCGCUUAGCAUCUCAAUCACCGUUGCUGAUGCAAGAUUUUGUAAGCCUCUUGAUGGAAAGUUGAUCAAGCAACUAGCUCAAGAACAUGAGAUAUUGAUCACUGUAGAAGAAGGUUCCAUUGGAGGGUUUAGCUCUCAUGUUUCCCACUUCUUGAGCCUCAGUGGAUUACUAGAUGGCAAUCUUAAGUGGAGGUCUAUGAUGCUUCCUGAUAGAUAUAUUGACCAUGGAUCUCAGACAGACCAAAUGGAGGCUGCAGGGCUCACUUCUAAGCACAUUGCAGCUACUGCUUUAUCACUCAUAGAAGAACCCACAAAUAAGAUUCAUCUUCUUGACCUCCAUGCAAAUUUUCGGUAGACCAAGCUGCAAUUUCAUAUGAAUACCUUAAAGCAAAAUUGUGUAUGUUAACAGCUGAACGACAAUGUAAGUAUGUAGAAAAAGUUUUUUUUUUUUUUUUUUUGUCUUUGAAGAAGAAAGAAAGUUUGCACUUUCCAAAUCUUGUACUCGACCUUGAUAGAGCAUAGCAAUUUUGAAAUGGAAAAUUAUAGUGCAAUCUUGUAGUUCACACAAGAGGGUUUACUUA